AUGUGGCAGCAGGCGAUGAGGAGGAAGAAGUACCUCCUGGAGCGGGCGGGGGAGUCCGGGGCCGCGGGAGAGAGACGGAUCAGGUCCCCGGACUGGCUGUACGAGUCCUACUACUGUAUGAGCCAGCAGCACCCUCUCAUCGUGUUCCUGCUGCUCAUCGUGAUGGGAGCCUGCCUGGCUCUCCUGGUGGUGUUCUUCGCUUCGGGACUGAACAUCGAGGACCACGUGGCCUUUGUCAUCACGGUUCCCACGGCGAUGGCCAUCUUCCUGGCCGUGUUCGUUCUGGUCUGCGUGGAGUCCAUCUUCAAGAAGCUCCUUCGCGUCUUCUCCCUGGUGAUCUGGGCCUGCCUGGUCGUCAUGGGUUACCUCUUCAUGUUCUUCGGCGGGAUCAUCUGUCCCUGGGAUCAGGUGUCCUUCUUCCUGUUCAUCGUGUUUGUGGCGUACACCAUGCUGCCCUUCUCCAUGAGGGAGGCCAUCAUCGCCAGUGUCCUGACCUCCACGUCGCACACCGUGGUGCUGAUUGCGUGCCUGUACGCCACCACCGACCGCAUGGGCCCAGUGGUAUGGCAGAUCCUGGCCAACGUCAUCAUCUUCAUCUGUGGCAACAUGGCGGGGGCGUACCACAAACACCUGAUGGACCUGGCUCUGAAGCAGACCUACCAGGACACCUGCAACUGCAUCAAGUCUCCCAUCAAACUGGAGUUUGAGAAGCGCCAACAGGAGCGUCUGCUGUUGUCCUUGCUGCCAGCCCACAUCGCCCGCGUGAUGAAGAACGAGAUCAUUCAGCGCCUGCAGGGGCCCAACUUUGGCCAGAUGGAGAACACCAACAACUUUCACAACCUCUAUGUCCAGAGACACACCAACGUCAGCAUCCUGUAUGCUGAUAUCGUAGGCUUCACGCGGCUGGCCAGCGACUGCUCCCCAGGAGAGCUGGUGCACAUGCUGAACGAGCUGUUUGGCAAAUUUGAUCAAAUUGCCAAGGAGAAUGAGUGCAUGCGGAUCAAAAUCCUCGGGGACUGCUACUACUGUGUGUCCGGACUGCCUGAGUCCCUGCCCAACCACGCACGGAACUGUGUCAAAAUGGGGCUGGACAUGUGCGAGGCCAUCAAGAAAGUUCGAGACGCCACCGGCGUUGACAUCAACAUGCGUGUCGGAGUGCAUUCUGGGAACGUGCUGUGUGGCGUGAUCGGGCUUCAGAAGUGGCAGUAUGACGUGUGGUCACAUGACGUCACACUGGCCAAUCACAUGGAGGCAGGAGGUGUACCGGGGCGAGUCCACAUCACCUCGGUGACGCUGGAGCACCUGAACGGGGCGUACAAGGUGGAGGACGGGGACGGGCAGGAGAGAGACCCCUACCUGAAGCUGCACGGGGUCAUCACCUACCUGGUUAUCAACCCUAAGGUGGAGCGUCGGAGCCCCCAGCAGCACUACCGGCCCCGCCACACGGUGUACGGGGCCAAGAUGAGAGCCUCGGUGCGCAUGACCCGGUACCUGGAGUCCUGGGGGGCCGCCAAACCCUUCGCCAACCUGCACCACCGGGACAGCAUGACCAACGAGAACGGCAAGAUCAACACCGUCGACGUGCCAAUGGGGCAGUACCAUUUCCAGCGGAGAUCAGAGAGAACCAAGUCCCAGAAGAAGCGCUUCGAGGAAGAGCUCACAGAGAGGAUGAUCAGGACCUUUGAUGGGAUCAAUUCUCAAAAACAAUGGCUUAAAUCCGAAGACAUCCAAAGAAUAUCGUUAUUCUUUCACAACAAGUCCUUGGAGAAGGAGUACCGGGCAACAACUCUGCCGACUUUCAAGUACUACGUGACCUGCGCCUGCCUCAUCUUCUUCUGCAUCUUCAUCGUGCAGAUCCUGGUCCUGCCAAAAACGACCAUCUUGGGGAUCUCCUUCGGGAUGUCUUUCCUCACGCUCUCACUGAUCCUAGUCAUCUGCUUCAUCGGACACUUCCUGCACUGCAGUAAGAGCACGUCGGCCUCGUGGACCUGGUUGCUGCGCUCGUCCGGUAUCAUCGCCAACAAGCCGUGGCCCCGCAUCACGCUCACCAUGACGACCACCGCGCUCAUCCUGGUCAUGGCUGUCUUCAACAUGUUCUUCUUGGGGGAGUCUGUGACCUCGCCUGUUCCGGUUUAUAAUUCAUCCAAUGAGACGUUUUUUUACAACAAUGGACAACCAAUGAGCUCCAUUGAUAAAAAUGGCUUCUACCUCCCGUACUUCAUCUACAGUUGCAUUCUGGGCCUGAUCUCCUGCUCGGUGUUCCUGAGGAUCAACUACGAGCUGAAGAUGAUCAUCAUGCUGACAGCCGUGGUGGUUUACAACAUCAUUAUACUACAGACGCACGCGUCCCUGCUGGAUGAAUACAGCACGUUCCUGUACAGGACGGAGACGCUGGACAGGCCCGGUGUUCUCAAAGACCUGAAGACAAUGGGCUCUAUCUCCCUCUUCAUCUUCUUCAUCACCCUUCUUGUGCUGGCCAGACAGAAUGAAUAUUACUGUAGGUUAGACUUCCUGUGGAAGAACAAGUUCAAGAAGGAGUGCGAGGAGAUCGAGACCAUGGAGAACCUUAACCGCGUGCUGCUGGAGAACGUUCUGCCCGCGCACGUCGCAGAACACUUCCUGGCGCGCAACUGGAAGAACGAGGACUUGUACCACCAGUCGUAUGACCUGGUGUGCGUGAUGUUCGCCUCCAUCCCGGACUUCAAGGAGUUCUACACCGAGUCUGACGUCAACAAGGAGGGCUUGGAGUGCCUGAGGCUCCUGAACGAGAUCAUCGCCGACUUCGAUGAGCUUCUGUCCAAGCCUAAGUUCAGUGGGGUAGAGAAGAUCAAAACCAUUGGCAGUACGUAUAUGGCUGCUACUGGGCUCAACGCAUCGCCUGCACCCGAGCACACAAUGCAGCACGACCGACAGUACAUGCACAUCGGGACCAUGCUUGAGUUUGCCUUCGCGUUGGUGGGAAAACUCGACGUGAUCAACCGGCAUUCCUUCAAUGACUUCAAACUCAGAGUCGGUAUCAACCACGGCCCGGUCAUCGCGGGGGUGAUUGGAGCCCAGAAACCGCAGUACGAUAUCUGGGGGAACACAGUGAACGUGGCCAGCCGAAUGGACAGCACCGGAGUCCUGGGGAAGAUACAGGUGACCGAGGAGACCAGCCGUAUCCUUCUCACGCUGGGCUACAUGUGCUCCUGUCGCGGCAUCAUCAACGUCAAGGGCAAAGGCGAGCUCAAGACCUACUUCGUCCACACGGAGAUGACUCGCUCGCUCUCCCAGGGGAACGUCAUGCCUUGA